AUUCGUGUUUGAGAAACUCGGCGCUUGUGGAUUUAUCAAGCCUACGACGCGCCAGUCAAGUGUGACAGUCGGAAGCGACUGCAAACUUAAGCCUUUACUCAAUCUCGUGACUCUGGACUCCACCUGUACUAAAGCAGUCCCAUUUUUUACUAUCCUUACACUAGUGGCUUUCGAGUGGCUUUGGAACAAUGCCAUCCGAAGCUUCAUUAUCCACCGUCUCAAACUCGAACCCAGGCACACUCCCCGAUUUAAUUCCAAAAGUUGGACCAAAGUUGAAAUCCAGAUGGGAGCCUAAGACCCAUUUGGAACCUGCACGACCCGCACAGGUGGACAUCGACAGGCUAAAUGAGAAGGAGAUGAUAGCAAAUCUUGCUGCGUCUCCUGAAGCACCCGAAUACAUAAAAAAUCCGAAAAAGAUAAGACCGCGACGGACUGUGGACUUGUAUGGAGGAUAUGCACGAUGGAAUAUGGUCCGGAAACAGCGGCCUAACCCCACCUACACCCCUGCAAUUCGACCUGCACCACCGUUUAUAAUUGAUUUAUUGCCACCGAAGGCGUAUUCAAACAAUUCUUCCACAUCUAUCUGUACCAAAUUCGUCCACACUUCCACGAACAAAAUACGCUUCCCCGUAAACGUCGUCACCUGGACACCUGAAGCUCGACGGGUGUUAACAGGCUCUACCAGUGGUGAAUUCACACUGUGGAAUGGCCUAACUUUCAACUUUGAGACCAUCCUCCAAGCGCACGACUCGCCUAUCCGAACGUUCCAGUUCAACCAUGCAGGUUCAUAUCUCGUCUCUGCAGAUCAAUCUGGAAUUAUCAAGUACUUCCAACCGAACAUGAAUAAUGUUGCGGUUUGGAAUGGUCAUCGGGAAGCUAUCAGCGGGCUGAGUUGGAGUCCGGAUGAUACGAGGUUUGCAACGUGUAGUGAUGACAAGUCGAUCAAGCUCUGGCAAUUUGAAGUGAUGAGCGAGGAGAGAGCAUUGACGGGUCAUGGCUGGGAUGUCAGAUGUGUCCAGUGGCAUCCGACGAAAGGCCUCCUAGCUUCUGGUAGCAAGGAUAAUCUUGUCAAAUUCUGGGACCCGCGGACGGCCCAAUGCUUAUCUACCUUGCAUUACCAUAAAAAUACUGUCCAAUCUCUUGAAUGGAGUCCAAAUGGAGAUAUGAUCGCUACAGCCUCCCGGGAUCAAACUGUACGAGUGUUUGACGUUCGAGCAAUGAAGGAGUUUGGGGUCUAUAAGGGGCACAAGAAAGAAGUGUGUUCCAUAGCAUGGCACCCUGUUCACCACGAGCUUCUCUGUUCAGGCGGAGCUGAUGGUCAACUUAUUUAUUGGCUUCUUCACUCUCCCGAACAUGUCGCUAUGAUCGAACAAGCGCAUGAAAGUAACAUUUGGUCGUUGGCGUGGCAUCCACUAGGCCACAUCCUUUGUACCGGGUCGAGUGAUUACAUGGUUAGGUUUUGGUGCCGUGAUAGACCAGGUGAACGAUCGGGUGCAGGAGCCGGCGGUGUUGGGAACGGUGUGGGAGGGGAGAAAGGUGGCGGGGAUGAUGAGGAAGAUGAGUAUGUUCCUGGUUUCGCUGCUUCUUAUGGAGGCGCACAACAUGGAAGUGAUCACAUGGAUUAUGAGAUGGGAGGAGGGAUGUGGGGCGGUGCUGGCGGGUUUGGUGCACCCGUGGGUGGGAUGAAUGGAGCGCAGGAUGACUUUAUCCCUGGAUUUGGAGGUGGGGCUGCAUCCGCUGCUGCUGCUAUGGCAGGCAUGAAUGGAGCUAUGAGUGCAGGCGGAGGUUCACACAAUAACAGACCACCUUUUUUGCCUCCCAUCCCGGGGGGACAUAAUCAAGAUGGGCCGUCAUAUAGAGACAGUAGGGAUAGAGAUAGGGAUAGGGAUGACAGAGGAGGUGGGAGUCGGUUUGACAGGGAUAGGGAUCGGGGAGCGUAUAAUGAUUGGGAUCGAGACAAUCGAGAGGUCGCGGUGGGAGGCACGGAGAUAGAGACAGGGAUAGAGACCGGGAUCGGGAUAGAGAGAGGGAUCGAGAUAGAGAUGUAGACCGGGAAAGGGAUAGAGAUUACCGUGGGGGGAGGGGGCGAGGACGAGGCCGUUCGUAUUAUUAGAAUGUGUGUAGGUGGUGUCUGUGCACACGGCAUUCUAGGAGUCGCCAUCAAGUUUGCCUGCAAAUUGAUGAGUUGUGAGCCACGUCGUCUGCUUAGAGUGGAAGGUGUCAUAUUUUGUUAAUCAUUAAUGCAAUGAGGGUGGAAUGAUGACCAAUUCGAUGUGGAGGUGUGAAUGUUCGGCGUUCAAGUGAUCAGCACUAGCUACUCAUCCACGAGGCGCUUUACUCAUCAAUCGUCGUGUUUCAAUGUCAUCCUACGACAGCUAGAUGAAGCAACAAAUACAUUUGCACUUGAAGCGGGAAUGGGUUUGUCAACGAAAGUAGUCACCUGCAUGUUGCUAAUCCUUCCAAGUGGCCGACGAUUCCGAUAACAAAUAUUGACCGACAAUGGAUUC